CUUCGCGCGAGCUAUUGGGACCCAAUCCCUAGAGGCCUGCGAUCCAAGAAGCACGCUUCGAUUUGGUUCCCCUUGGCGUUCCUCGUUCUCCUCCUCCGGCUGUUCCUCGCCCACUUCCUCCCCCUGAUAUCCUCUUCGGUUGGGGACGAAGCAGUCCAACGGCCGCCAGCGCUGGCAUCGGAGGGGGCGGUGGAGGAAACCUUUGGUAACAGCAGACCUGGAGCUAUGGAGAAACAUGGGGGAUUCAAUUUGCGUGCUCGUCGUUUCGAUGCCCUCUGGGGAUUCAUGGAUCCUGGGGAACCUACGCCAAUGCCCGACGGCAGCGGCGGAGGCACGGAUACCGUGGCGAGGACGUGCGCCUCCGGCUGCCACUGCUUCAGCCCCUCCUUCGUCCCGUCCGUCGCCUGGAACCGGUCCUUGAAGCGGAAGCUGGACGAGAGGGACGCCGAGGCCUGCUCCCUCUCCUGUGUCGCCAAGAGAGGGGACGAAGGCGAGGGCGAAGGCGGAGCCGGAGCCAGCUUCGCCCGGGUGGACAUCGGGAACGAGGCGGCGGCCCUUCGCGAGGUCCUCAUCAGCCACCAGCAGUCGGUCCAGAAGCUCCUCACGGAGCUGGAGGAGGAGCGCAGCGCCGCGGCAUCCGCCGCCACGGAGGCCAUGUCUAUGAUCCUCCGGCUCCAGCGCGAGAAAGCUGAGGCCCAGAUGGAGGCCCGCCAGUUCAAACGCCUCGCCGAUGAGAAGAUGACCCACGACCAGCAGGAGAUCGCCUCCCUCGAGGACCUCCUCUUCAAGCGUGAGCAGGCUGUGCAAGCCCUCUCCUGCGAGGUCCAGGCUUAUCGCCAUCGCCUCCUCAGCUACGGCAUCGGCAUUGAUGGCGACGCACCUCCCUCCGAGCCACAAACCCCCGACACGGCCACGGCCGCCAGCUCCGUCUCCCAGUUCGACGUCCUCCCUCGCGACUAUCCCCCAUUGAGGUGCAACGGUGAUGCUGCCGCCGACCUCGACAAGUACCCCUCCGGAGAGAGCCCCCGGGAGCGCCUCCAGAGGCUUGAGAAGCGCCGCAUCUUCCAGCUGGAACGGAUGCCAAGCAGCAGCUUCUCUCAUGUCAUGGACAAGGACGUCGUGGUGGGGCAGUCCCCACGCCGGCGGCCACGGCAUUUCAGGAGUUUCUCCUACCGCAGCCUCGCUUCAGGCCAGGAGUUCAAGAAGGGGGACAAGUUCCCGGCGGCGAUGGACUGCGCAUCAGACUAUGGUGGGAGAGACGACAUGAGCGACAGAGUGUACACGGUGGAUGCGGUGCAUGGGGCAAGCGACGACUACGUGAGCACGCCAAGGGAGCUACAGAACCGAAGGUUUGUAGGAGGUGGCGGUCGGGUGGCGCAGGAAGCAGAGAUAAGGAAACUUUGCGCGAGGUUGGAGGCGCUUGAGGCGGACAGGGAGUCCAUGCGGCAGAGCUUCAUUUCUAUGGGUACAGAUAAAGCUCAGAUGGUGUUGCUGAAAGAGAUUGCUCAGCAGAUGUGCAAGGAAGUGGCCCCAGAGAGGAAGCUCAUCAAGAAACCACCUUCCAACAAGAGGUUUUCUAUCGUGUCAAUCAUCAGGAGUGUCAUCUCAUUCGUUUUAUGGAGAAGGAAAUCAACUCGAGCCAGGCACACUUUUGGGUUACCAAGCAGCGAUGCUGGGUUACUGCUGCUGUUGGACAAGUCACCUCGAAUGAGGCAUCGGAGGUUCCUCACAAGAACAUAGGUGUGCCGUCAGCUUCUCCAAAGCAUGACCAAAAUGUGUAAAUCCUUGGUGGAUCUGGAUCUCAGCCUCUCUCCUUCUCUUCAUAUAUAUAUAUAUAUAUAUAUAUAUAUAUAUAUAUAUAUAUAUAUAUAUAUAUAUAUAUAUAUAUAUCAAUCAGUCAAGACAUAUAGAAACUACAUUUUCCUAUACUCCGGCAAUGAUUUCAGUUUCAACGAAUUCAAUGCAAUGGAGAUGUAUUGAUGCAAGAAUUUAAGCAUAAUUAUGAUAGACAUCCGAGGAAUUCGGCUUGAAAUGGAAGCGUAAGAAAGAAGAAUCAAAAGGAGAAAGAAGACAUACCUCCC